GUACUGUAAUACAGGCAGACACUCAGCACAGCAGAUGGCAGAUGGCCCAACACAAGAAAGCUGGUGGGACAGUAGGGGGGUGCUGCUGCCCGUAAGUUGAUUCCACUAAUUCCAGGAAGGCGAUUGCAACGCGCGUCAGGCUGAGCGAUCGCCAGGUUGGACUGACGAUUAGCUUACGGUCUGGCCAUGGCUUAUGCAGCAAGAACCUGAUUUCGCGCUGUUCAGUUAAUGCUCACUCAAUGUUCAGCUCAGUUCAGUGCUGUUCUGUUCAGUCGAUCGGAAGUAUGUAAAUGUCAGGCUACUGCUUUGCUGCGAGGAGCAGUAAUAAUAGAUUCUUGAUAUCAUGCAGAGCAGCAACAGCGAACAUACAGAGUAUGCGCAACCCAAGAAGCCGGCAGAGUGUUCGUGACAGUUGUACCUUGCGACAAGUUUAGAUUUUCUUUCGUGCUUUUUUUUUUAAAUAUUUAUAUACAUAAUCAUCGGCGUCUCUAGCUUCUCUCUCGUAACGAGUGCCUCCUCCGUGGGGCUUUCGUCAACACUAAUAACCUCGUAGCUCCUCCGCGCGCAUUGGCCCUUUUCGCUCGUUUUCUCUCUCGUCCGUUCUUCCGUUCUCCCUCCAAUUUCCGCGUGAAUCCCGUCGGUUCCUGCGGUCAUAGCUCCGGCUCGCCCGCGCCUUUAGGGCAGCGCCGGCGGCGGCGGCGGCGGCGGAAGUGGAGGAGGAGGAGGAGGCGGAGGCGGAGAUGGGGAGCUGUUUCUCCGUUGAGACGCGGGUGGUUGGCGAGAAGCACUCUCCAAAAACAGCGAACCAGGCGCAACAACCGCAGCAGCAGCAGCAGCAGCAGCAGCAGCAGCAGCAGCAGCAGCAGCCGCACCAGCAACAGCAGCAGCAACAGCAGAAGCAGCAGCAAGAACAGCAAGAACAGCGGAGAACGGACGUCGAGCCCGGCACUGACAUCCCUCAGGGUCCGGAUCCUUCCGAGCCAAGUCAAGCCCACCCAAGCACUUCGAAUCCACUCGCGACUUCCCCCUCCGCUGCUGUGUCUGCUGCCUCCGCCCCCGCCGUUCCCCCUGCGGGGAAUUUCCGCUCCGCGGAUGGGGUCUCCCCCAAGGGCAGCGAGGGGGGGGUGAAUGGAGCUGGAAGAGCGAGCAGAAACAGCGGAAACAGCGGAGGCAGCAAGAGCAGCGCGGGCAGCAGAAAUAGUGGAGGCAGCAACUCCAACCAGCAGCAGCAGCAGCAGCAGCAGCCGAACUACCACCCGUCCAUAGCCAUCCCCCAGCCCGCCUCCCCCUCCUCCACCGCUUCCGCCACGUGUCCGAGCUCCAUUGGCGCGCCCAUCUCCCCCCCGGGGCCGGUGACGCUGCAAGACCAAGGGUACAACAACCAGCAGCAGCAGCAGCAGCCGCAGCAGCAGCCGCCGCUGCGGCCAGUGCUGCCCACGGCAGCAGACGACCUGGCUAACUACUGCAGCCACGCGUCAUCCCAGGGGCUUAGAUCGUUCUCCUACGGAGAGUUGAGGGAGGGCACGUGCGGGUUCAGAAAGGACCUUAAGCUCGGUGAAGGGGGGUUCGGAUCGGUGUAUAAAGGGGUGAUUGCGGUUGGGGGAGGUGGGGGGGGAGGGGGGCGAGGCGGGCGAGGGGGGGGUGAGGAGACGGAUGGGCGCAUGGUGGUGGCGGUGAAGAAGCUCAACGAAGACGGGCUGCAGGGCCACAAGGAAUGGAUGGCGGAGGUGAACAUGCUGGGCACGCUGCGGCACCCCAACCUGGUGACGCUGAUCGGCUACUGCAUGGAGGGCGGCUCGCGGCUGCUGGUGUAUGAGCUCAUGGAAGGGGGCUCGCUGGACCACUACCUCUUCGCAGACGAGGGAGCACCCCUGCCGUGGGGGCUGCGCAUGCGCAUAGCGCUGGGCGUGGCGCAGUGCCUGGUGUACCUGCACGAGAACCCGCACCGCCCCAUCAUCUACCGCGACCUCAAGGCUGCCAACGUGCUGCUGGACAAGGAUUUCAACCCGAAGCUGGCAGACUUUGGGCUGGCGAAGGACGGGCCAGUGGGGGAUAAGACACACGUGACCACGCAAGUGGUGGGCACGUAUGGGUAUGCCGACCCCGACUACCUCUUCACUGGGCACCUGACCCCCAAGAGCGACGUGUACGGCUUUGGGGUGCUUUUACUGGAGCUGCUGUCGGGCCGGCAGGCCAGCGACUUCCCCACGGACGAGGAAGACGAGUCGAGGAAGCGCAGCGGGGGGGCGGGGAGGGGGGGCAGCAGCGAGGUCCUGGAGGGGGAGCAGGCGGAGGACGACGAGGAGGAGGACGAGGGGGAUUUGCUGGAAUGGGCCGAGCCUAUGCUGGCGGAUCGGAAGCGGGUGGAGGAGGUGAUGGACCCGAGGCUCGGGAGGGAGUGGCCGGCUCGGGGGGUGCAGAAGGCGGCGCUGCUGGUGCUGCACUGCACGGCGAGGAACCCGUAUGAGCGGCCCAUGAUGAGUAGUGUGGUGAAGACGCUACGGGUGAUGCAGACGGGGUAUGUGUGGCCUCCCUUGGCCUCGGGGGGGUCUGCUGGUGGUGGUGGUGGCACGACGCCUAGGACGCCCAGGACACCCCAGUGAUGAGGCUGGGGCUGGGGCUGGGGCUGGGUUGACUCCUCAGAGGCUUCAAAUCUCGAGGUUUGGAGCUGCUGGUGCUGCACUGCGCGGCUAGGAACCCGUAUGAGCAGCCCAUGAUGAGUAGUGUGGUGAAGCCGCUACAGGUGAUGCAGACAGGGUAUGUGUGCCCACCGCCCUCGGCCUCAGGGGGGUCUGCUGGUGGCAUGACGCCUAAGGCGCCCAGAACGCCCAAAUGAGGGAGGGGAGGGGCAGAGAGGGAUCGGAGGGGGGUGUUUGAAGGCUGUCGGCUGUGGGGAGAUGUUCAAAUUGGAAGUGGUGGGAUGUGAGACGUGGGAGGUGUGGGGCGUGGGAUGUGGGAUGUGGGUUGUGGGAUGUAGGAUGUGUGAUGUGGUAGGAAUGGAGCAUAUGCGACAGUGUAGUGCACUGCCUAGCUGCUGCAGUGUUCAGAAGGCAGGGGGAGGAGGGAGCGAGCAUGCACGGCACAAGGCUGUACGGUGCAAUGGCUGUGACGAGAAGUGCUGGCCAGUGGGAAGGAAAUCAUAUCAUGGCGUUGUGGUGGGGCAGGUAGCACUGACGUGUGAGAUAAUCUAAGAGUUGAAGGGGGAGUUGGAUGCAGACAUGCAGUAGUAGCUGCCUGGUUUCUAACAUGAACGGUUAUGAACUGGGAUGUUAAUUUUUAGGAAAUCGAAUGGAAAUGUCUCGAAUUGAGAGAGACCAGGGAGAGGAGGUGGCAAGAAGAGGAGGUGAUGGUUUGGAGCACAAGAGAAGGGAUUUAAGUCUGGUUGGAAGAUCAGUGGGAUGUAAAUGCUGCUGAGUAUGCUGCUAGGCUUAUUUAUUGUGAGUGCUCAAAAGCCAGCUUAGGU